AAUAAAGUUUUAAAAUCCUUAUUAUUGUGAUAAACUAGACUUGUCACUCAAAUAUCAAAAAAGUUUACGAAUUUACUAUAAAUCAAAUGCAAAACGAAUCAGAAACAAGUUCGGAAUCAAGAAUGGUGUGCGAUCCAAUUGUGUUGAAUUUUCACGAAAGUUUAUUACGACAAUCUGAUAUCGAACUAUUAAGUGGUAAUUAUUGGUUAAAUGACACUCUAAUAUCAUUUUACUACGAAUAUUUAGAACGAAUCUAUUUUAAAGAUUAUAAAAAUUUACUAUUUGUCCCGCCUCAAGUAACCCAAUGCAUAAAAUUAUGUCAAGUACAAAAUAUUGAAGAAAUCCGUAUAUUUUUGGAUCCAUUGGAUGUUGAUAAACGUGAUUUUAUAUUUUUUGCAUUAAAUGAUAAUGAUACAUCACAUGCUGGGGGCACACAUUGGAGUUUGGUGGCAUUCUCACGUCCUGAAAAUAAAAUAUAUCAUUUUGAUUCAUCCGCGGGUGCAAAUCAUAAUUCUGCAUGGGAAUUAGGGACACGUUUAAUGGGUGCAUUGGGCUUGUCUAAAUUAAAUGGGCAAUUUGAGGAAUCGAAAUGUUUACAACAGACAAAUGGUUAUGAUUGUGGGCUACAUUUAUUGUGUAAUACCGAAAAUAUUGCACAGUUUGUGAUUAAAAAUGGUUUAAUUGAGGGGCAUCCUUUAAUUCAGUCAUGUGAUCAAAAACGUCGUGAAGUUUUAAUGUUAAUUCAUUCAUUGAUACAACAAGGAUAUGUUAAAAAUUCUGAUAGCUGCGAAUAAAAUUUUCAAAAUAUU